GUUUUUUUCUUUCUUCCAUUCAACAGGUUUAAGCGAUGGGGGCAAUGCUGAAAUAUCCGAGGGGUCAGUUCAUGACCUUUCUGGUUCUUCUCGUGCUGGGACAGGUGUGCAGCAACGGCAACUACUCGGACUCUCCCUUCAUUCAAUAUAUGACACAUCCUCCCGAAAUUAUCACUAAGCCUAGAAAUCAACAGGUCAGAGCCGGUGGAAUAGCCGGAUUUUACUGUAAAGCGAGAGGAAACCCUUUGCCACAGAUUCAGUGGAGGAAAAACGGCAAAAAAGUAUCAGGAUCUCAAACUCGGUAUCAAGUUAAGGAUUUCGCCGAUGGGGGAGCUCUAUUACGUAUCGAACCUGUCAAAGCUGGAAGGGACGAUGCCACCUAUGAGUGUGUGGCAGAAAACGGAGGGGCAGAUCCAGUCAGUGCUGAUGCAACGCUACAAGUCUUCGAAGUGGAUAAACUACCGCCUGGAUUUCCACAGAUCACCGAAUCCCCACAGAAUAACAAGGUAGUCGAAAUCGGUCACAAUACAUUGCUCAACUGUGCCGCCACCGGUAAUCCACCGCCUAAAAUCACGUGGCUGAAGAACAUGCUGCCCAUCAACCUGACAGUCAAUCCUAGAUAUUCCAUCCGUGAUGAUAAACCAGGAUCACUCCAAAUCCGUAACAGCGAAGAAAAGGACCACGGGAAGUACGAAUGUGUAGCGGAAAACUCCAUAGGCACAGACUACUCUAAGUUUGCCACUCUCUACGUCAAAGUCCGACGGGUACCACCCACAUUUUCAAUCCCUCCACCCCCUUUGAGCGAAGUGAAGUUAGGCGACGACUUGAACUUGACCUGCGUAGCAGUAGGCUCGCCCAUGCCCUUUGUUAAAUGGCGGAAAGGUGCCACAGAAGAACUGACGCCGGAAGAGAAUAUUCCUAUAGGGAAAAACACGCUAGAACUCAAGAAAAUAGAAGCAUCUGCUAACUAUACUUGUACGGCUGCCAGUGCUCUUGGUAAUGUGGAGACUGUGGCUCAGGUUAAGGUGCAGUCGCUGCCUGGACCUCCUACCAACGUUCGGGUAUCCGAAAUCACGGCAACGUCGGUCAGACUUACCUGGUCGUACCCUGGACCUGAAGACCUACAGUACUACGUCAUCCAGUUCAAGCCAAAGUAUGCUAACCAAGCCUACAGUGAAAUCAGCGGGAUCAUUACGAUGUACUAUUCCGUUCGUAACCUCAGUCCAUACACGGAGUACGAGAUGUACGUCAUAGCUGUCAAUAAUAUCGGUAGAGGUCCCCCUAGUGCACCAGCUGUCGUCACUACUGGAGAAACAGGUGCUAAACCCGGUACCGCUCCAAGAAACGUCCAAGUACGACCAUUGAGCUCCAGUACUAUGGUUAUUCAAUGGGAUGAACCAGAAACACCCAACGGACAAGUCACGGGUUACAAAGUGUACUAUACCACCAACGCUCAACUCUCGAUGGCUCAGUGGGAAUCCCAGGUCGUAGAUAACAAUCAGUUAACGACAAUAAGCGAUCUAACGCCUCAUACAAUCUACACCAUAAGAGUACAAGCAUUUACUUCUGUCGGUCCUGGACCUCUAAGCCCUCCAGUGCAGGUUAAAACACAACAAGGCGUUCCAACCCAACCAAGCAACCUCAGAUCGUCAGACAUCGGCGAGAGCUCCGUCACACUCCAAUGGAGCAGACCUACCCAUUCUGGCGAAAGCAUAGUCAGUUACGAGCUCUACUGGAACGACACCUACGCCAAAGAGAAGCACCACAGAAGGAUACCAAUCUCGGAAUCCUACACCUUGACAGGACUGUACCCCAACACUUUGUACUACGUGUGGUUGGCAGCGAGGUCGCAGAGGGGAGAAGGUGCCACGACCCCGGCUAUACCAGUGCGAACGAAGCAGUAUGUGCCCGGCGCGCCACCUAGCAACGUGCAAGGCGAAGCCGUGAGUCCCACAGCGAUCAGGGUGUGGUGGGAUCCCCCGCCAGUUAACCGCAGCAACGGCAAUAUCGUGUACUACAAGCUGUAUUUCGUGGAGGCGGAUAGAUCGGACAGCGAGGCCACGAUUACCAAACUGAACGCCACCACCAAUUUCUUGCUCGACGAACUAAAACGAUGGACGACGUACCGAAUAUGGGUGCUGGCAGGCACGUCGGUGGGCGAUGGGCCAGCUUCAUAUCCUUUCACAGUUCAAACGCACGAAGAUGUGCCCGGAAACCCGCAAGAUGUUAAAGUUACUCCUAUUAACUCUACCACUAUUAAGGUGAACUGGAAACCUCCUCAAAUCAGGGAUAGGAACGGUAUUAUAUUGGGGUACCAUGUACACGUUCAAGAAGUUAAAGAGGAGAGCAAGAACUUUCUGAACGAACCAAUACGUAUUGAAGUUUCCGGAGAUUCAGUUCUGGAACUAAACAUAUCCAGUCUACAACCCGAUACCACCUAUGCAGUUCAAGUAGCCGCCUUGACCAGAAAGGGCGAUGGCGACAGAAGCAACCCUGUCAAAAUCAAAACACCUGGGGGAGUACCUAACAGACCUGAGUUAACUAUAAAAACCCUCGAAAGAGAGCCAACGGUCACAAUAGAACUAGAAUGGAUGAAACCUUCUCAAAUCUACGGCGAACUCAAAGGAUACAGACUGAGAUACGGUGUAAAAGAACAACUCUUAAAGGACGUUCAAUUGAAAGGCACUUCAACCCAGAAAUAUCGUAUCAACGACCUCGAACGCGGUGUGGAAUACGAAUUUAGAGUCGCCGGCAUUAAUAACAUUGGUACCGGUCAAGAAAACAUUCAGUACCUGCACACCCCUGAAGGACCACCCACUGGACCCCCUACCAACAUAACCUAUCGGUUCCAAACCCCAGACGUUGUGUGCGUAACGUGGGAUCCCCCUACCAGGGAGCACAGGAACGGACAAAUCGUGAAGUAUGACAUCGAAUUUCACAAGAAAUCCGACCACAAUAACAUUAUUGUUCGCAAUGUCACCAAAACGAAAGCAGUGUUUACUAAUUUAGAAGAAAAUACUGAGUACGUAUUUCAUAUUAAGGCCUAUACCAACCAGGGAGCUGGUCCAAACAGCGAGAAACAAACUAUACAAACGGAUAAAGACAUUGGUAGGGCUCCUAUGGCAGUGAAAGCUGUUGCGACAUCGGAGUCUAGCGUUGAGGUAUGGUGGGAGGCAGUUCCUUCCCGAAACAAAGUCAUAGGAUACCAGAUAUUUUAUACUAUGACCGCAGUAGAAGACUUGGACGAAUGGCAGCAAAAAUCGGUCAGUCUUACCACCUCUGCUGACUUAGUGAACUUGGAGAAAUACGCUCAGUAUGCUAUUGCCGUAGCUGCCAGACUUAAAGGUGGUGGUCUAGGUGUAGCUUUAGGAAGAUUAUCUGAGAAAGUAACGGCGAAGGUUAAGCCUGAAGAUGUUCCUUUAAACUUACGCGCUCACGAAGUUACUACGCACUCGAUGACGCUCUCUUGGUCACCGCCCAUCAGACUCAAUCCGAUCAAGUACAAAAUUUCUUUCGACGCUAUCAAGGAGUUCGUUGACUCGCAAGGAAUAACCCAAACCCAGAACAUUCCUCGUGUCGAGGUAAUCCUGGGCGACGACAUUAAAUCUCACACCAUCAACGAACUGUCUCCGUUCACAACGUACAACGUAAACGUCAGCGCCAUACCUAGUGAUAACUCGUACCGCCCACCCACAAAAAUCACCGUUACCACCCAAAUGGCCGCCCCCCAGCCCAUGGUCAAGCCCGACUUUUACGGCGUGGUCAACGGCGAGGAGAUCCACGUGAUCUUGCCCCAGGCCUCCGAAGAGUACGGUCCGAUCAGUCAUUACUAUCUCAUCGUCGUGCCCGAGGACAAGUCCACCAUUCACAUGAACCCUGACCAGUUCCUAACCAACGACCUCAUCGCCAACAUUGAAAAAGUGCCUGAAGAACCCAACUUGCCUUACAUCGCUGCCAAAUUUCCGCAAAGGAGCAUUCCGUAUACGUUUCACUUGGGUACGGGCGAAAGCACGGAUGGUUUGGUCAAUUACAAGCUGCAGCACGGGAAGAGGUACAGGAUUUUUGUCCGCGCGGUCGUGGAUACGCCUCAGAAGCAUUUAUACACUAGCAGUCCGUUUUCGGAAUUUUUAUCUCUGGAUAUGCAUCCACCUCCGCCUGGAGAUCCUCCGAUAAGACCUAAUCCUAACGCCCCGACAGACAACGACGUUAAGGUCAGUUCGCAAAGAAAAGAAGCUACAUAUCUGUGGAUCAUCGGACCUAUAAUCACCGCGAUGCUCUUGUGUUCAAUCCUAGUUCUUCUGUUCAUUCUCCGGCGUAGAAGACAGCCAUGUAAAGCCCCCGACCAAGCUGCCGUUACUAAGCCUCUUAUCCCCGCGGAUUUGAACAGUAGCAUAGCCCCCAGCGACCCGGUUGAAAUGAGGAGGUUAAACUUCCAGACUCCUGCUAUGAUCUCGCAUCCGCCUAUUCCUGUGUCAGAACUGGCCAAUCACAUUGAGAGACUCAAAGCUAACGACAAUCUAAAGUUCUCACAGGAGUACGAAAGUAUCGAGCCUGGACAGACGUUCACAUGGGAGUUUUCAAACAUGGACGCCAACAAGCCUAAGAAUAGAUACGCUAACGUUAUUUCUUAUGAUCACAGUCGAGUUAUACUUCCUACAGAGGAUGGUAGAAGGGGAUCGGACUACAUAAACGCGAAUUAUUGCGACGGAUAUAGAAAACACAAUGCUUACGUGGCUACUCAAGGUCCACUGCCAGACACUUUCGGAGAUUUCUGGAGGAUGUGUUGGGAACUCAAAGCAGCAACUAUAGUAAUGAUGACCAAGCUGGAAGAACGAACUAGAAUCAAGUGUGAUCAGUACUGGCCUUCGAGGGGAACAGAGCUUUAUGGUACAUGCAUGUCGGUCACCAUAACAGACGUUCAGGAACUGGCAACAUACUGUAUCAGAACGUUCCAGAUACAAAAAGAUGGUUAUCCUGAAGGGAGGGAAGUGAAGCAAUUGCAGUUCACUGCUUGGCCUGAUCAUGGUGUGCCCGAUCAUCCGGCUCCUUUCUUGCAGUUUUUAAGAAGAGUGAGGAGUUUGAAUCCGCCCGAUGCCGGGCCUAUUGUUGUGCAUUGUUCGGCUGGUGUUGGAAGGACCGGUUGCUUCAUUGUUAUCGAUUCCAUGUUGGAACGUAUGAGACAUGAAAAAACCGUGGAUAUAUACGGUCAUGUAACCUGUCUGCGAGCACAAAGGAACUACAUGGUCCAAACUGAAGAUCAGUACAUCUUCAUUCACGACGCUUUGUUAGAGGCCUAUAUCUGCGGUUUGACCGAAGUUCCAGCCAGGAACUUACAUUCGCACAUCCAAAAACUAAUGCAGUUGGAACCUGGAGAGAACAUUACCGGAAUGGAGCACGAAUUCAAGAAAUUGAGCAACAUAAAGACUGAUUCUUUGCGCUUCGUUACGGCAAAUUUGCCAUGCAACAAGCACAAAAAUAGAUUAGUACAUAUCUUACCAUACGAAAGUACCAGGGUAUGUCUGCAGCCAAUCAGGAACGUUGAAGGUUCGGAUUAUAUCAACGCCAGCUUUCUGGAUGGUUAUCGUUAUCGAAAAGCUUACAUAGCUACACAAGGACCGUUGCCUGACACCACCGACGAUCUUUGGAGAAUGCUGUGGGAGCAUAACUCCACCAUCAUCGUUAUGCUUACUAAACUGAAAGAGAUGGGAAGGGAGAAAUGUCAUCAAUACUGGCCCAGCGACAGGUCAGUACGUUACGGUUGUUACGUAGUCGAUCCCAUAGCUGAAUACAACAUGCCGCAGUACAUACUGAGGGAGUUUAAAGUGACAGAUGCCAGAGACGGGUCAUCGAGGACGAUGCGCCAAUUCCAGUUCACCGAUUGGCCGGAACAGGGAGUGCCGAAAUCGGGCGACGGAUUCAUCGAUUUCAUUGGUCAGGUGCACAAGACUAAGGAGCAAUUCGGUCAGGAUGGACCUAUCACCGUUCAUUGCAGUGCUGGAGUUGGAAGAACUGGUGUUUUCAUUACGCUGAGCAUAGUUUUGGAAAGAAUGCAGUACGAAGGUGUGGUAGACGUGUUCCAGACAGCUAGGAUACUUCGGACACAACGGCCAGCUAUGGUACAGACAGAGGAUCAGUACCAGUUUUGCUACAGAGCAGCUCUAGAAUACUUGGGUUCGUUCGACCACUACACAAACUAAUCACCGGGCGCGCGCCCGUCCAACCAAUCCCAUCGGACAGAAGAUGACAAUAACCUACCACGUCAAAUCCACCGCGGCAAAUUUUCUGUUCCACACAAUAUGUGAAUUUCUGUUGCACACGUUGCGAACAAGUGCGUAACGCGCGAACUAUAUGUGCCUACCGUGCGUAAAAUAUUAAGGAGGAAUGAAAAAAAAACACACAAAAAUUAUAUAUAUUGUAAGAAAAUUUAAAAGAUGUAUAGUUAAAAAAAAUGAAAACGACCCAGAAUGUGCACAACAUUUUUAGCGAAUACUUUUUUUAGGUAUUUUGUAUCGAUCGUGCAAUUUUCCUGUCUCGAUAUGUUGCUUAGAUUUCCACGUAAAGGGACAUUUGGUUGUCUAUUAUAUAGAAAAAAAAGUCAUUUAAGAAUUCUUCGUUUUGAUAUCUCUGAGAAGCGUAUAAAAACAAUAAUUAAAUAUAAAAAAAAUUCGUUUAGAAUUUUUAUUACAUUAAAGAUUCAAGGAUUAAUCUUAUAAAAUAUACAGUUUUUUCUAUUUAGAUUUUGUUAGUGCUCUAUAUUUUUUUAGUAUUUUAUCUUUUUAAUUUUUUAUAUUAUUAUUGGUGUUUUUUGUAAUUUAUUCACAUUUUAUUAGAGACACUACAGUAUAUUUUCCUAAAAAGAAAAUAAAUAUGUUCUAAUAUUUAUUUGACUUUUUUCUAAUUAACUUUUUUA